UGGUGCGCCCUUUCUUAGAGGCGUCGCAUCAGACACCGAGCAAUACUUCGGUGAGGGCUUCAGAAGUAGCCUUCCAGGAAUACAUUCUGCCUUAGGCACGAGUGUCUUGUCCAUGUCCGACUACGGCAAAAGCCAACAAUAUGUGUAUGACGCCGAAGCCACAAGAUCGAAUCAGGUUCCGAGCUACCCUGGUAUUGCACAGCCAUCGUUCCCCUCCUCAUAUACGGAUUCAUCCACGCGUCUAGUCCAUGAGCACUCGAACGCAGACAUGCCUUAUAUCCCUAGCUCGACGUACGAAUCACGCGGCUCGGGCGAUCUUCUGCCUGCUACCUCAUUUAUCGAUGCAGCAUCUCGUCAUCCUGCUCCUCAUACAUCUACUGAAACGGAAAUAACGCACUUCGCUACGCCUACGCAAGGCACCGCUAGAUCGACCAUCAGCCUCCAACUCCGAACGAAUUACGACCUUGCUGCAGAGAACUUCACUUUCAUCCUCAUGUUUGGCAAGAAGGCCUGCGUCGCAGACCUGCAAAAGGUGGCCUACGACGAUGACUGGCAUAACUACGUGCUAAGCGUGGAGGUUCCUCCCUUUCCGUUGACGAAUGAAUGGAAUCCUGCCAUGAUGCUGAAGCUACAGAUGGAAAAGGAUGGCCAACUUCGCUACCAGGCAGACGCUGGCAAGUUCACAUUUACCGAUAUGUCUAAUGACCUUGCGUACCAAUCCGCGUCCGACUUCUCCAAGAAGCGCAAGUACUCCGCAGAUUUUGGACACGACGUAGGCUUCGACACUAUCGCUGCAAAGCGUCAGAACACAUUCCGGUAUCAAGAAAAGCCACGGUCUAUGACCGGAGCCUACUCGACUGCACAGCUGUCGCCCUUGCCAGCACAGUCCUCGCUGUCUGGUGGAUAUGUUCAAGCCGGAGGAUAUGAUAUGAGCAGAAGCAGCACUUACUCCUCUCAACUGUCACAGAAAGGCCUUUACGCAGUUCCAAGUAUGAGCCAAAGCGACCUAAAACCUCCACAGGUGUCGCCUGGGCUGCAACCGUACAGCCAUUACAGCUCUCUUGCGCAGCCCAAUCGUAGCCCAAGCUCGAUAGCUGCAACACCAGCAGGCAUAUCGGUUCUGCCAUCGCCGACCAACAUUCCGGCUCCUACCCUAGUUCGAGCAACUUCGCUUUCGCAAACCGGAGGGCCAUCGAACGGUCAACCCUUCAACCCUUAUUCUAUGUAUCAGACCAAGGCAGCCCUGAAGAUCGAGGGCGACCUUGACAAAAUGAGCGAAGACUGGUCGCAAGAGGAGGUCGACGCGAAAAGAAGACUUGUACAAUUCGAGCGCUCUCAACAAGGCAGUACAAUCUCAACAACAUUUGCGCCCAUCGCACCCGAAGCCCGGCCAACGAGAAGCAUCUGUGUGAGCUGUAUCUGGUGGGAAGAGAAGGACGACUACUUCAUUACCAGCGUGGAUACCAUUUUCCUCCUGGAACAGCUGGUGAAUGUGCGCUUCACCGUUGAAGAGAAAAAUCGCAUUCGCCGCAAUCUUGAGGGCUUCCGCCCGCUCACGGUGUCGAAAGCCAAAGCAGACAGCGAAGAAUUCUUUAAGGUCAUCAUGGGUUUUCCCGCUCCUAAGCCGCGAAAUAUCGAGAAGGAUGUGAAGGUUUUCCCGUGGAAGAUACUUUCCCACGCUCUGAAGAAGAUCAUCAGCAAAUAUGUAAGUCGCUCCUCCGCUAUGGACGGCACAGAACUGAUAACUCCCAGUCCGCAAGCUACGCCUCGACAGCUGGCGCUGGAUCGCUCCCUAUCGCAUCAACGUCGUCUUACGGCUCGAGCGGACUUGCAUAUGCAUCAGGUAGCAUGCAUCGGAACACCUCGCCGCGAUCGGUUUCUGCAUCGAUGGCCUCAGCUGCCUACACGCCCAGUAUGACAUCCUCAAGCUUAUCUCCCAACUUCAAGAUGUCAGCAGGCCUAGAAGGAUCAUCAGGACAUGGCAUGCCGACCCCGCAGAGGACACCCUCAGGACAAAGCAUGACUCAGUGGGGACCAGGAGCUCAUCAGAUGGCGCAUUACCCAUCAUCCCUGACACAAGGAGGGCGUGGAUCUUGGGACUACGGAUACAUCAGCAGUCCUGCCGUAGC